CGAUCUCUAAAAGAAGAUAUAGUGUGAAAAGGUCAAGGUUCCCCUGAGAAAAAACGUAAACACACAGAAUGGCCUUCAAGAUGUUAAGACCGUUAACAAGGCUGUUGAGACAUGUGCCAAUGCAGACAGCUGCAAUCCAUUCUAGCCCAGCAGCUUUACAGAAAUGGAACAUUGGGAAGAUCAAUCAUAUAGCCAUAGCAGUUCCGGACAUGGAAAAAGCUGCAGCAUUAUACAGAGAUGUUCUUGGAGCUAAAGUCAGUGAAAAACAUCCUCAGCCCGAUCAUGGAGUGUACACAGUGUUUGUUGAACUUGGAGACACCAAAAUAGAGUUGCUGAACCCAAUGGGUGAUAAAAGCCCAAUCCAGAAUUUCCUGGAUAAGAACAAAGGCGGUGGAAUGCAUCAUAUUUGUCUUGAGGUUGACAACAUCAAGGCAGCCAUGGACGAUCUGAAAUCGAGGAACAUCCGACUGUUGAGCGCCGAGCCGAAGAUCGGAGCGCACGGGAAGCCGGUGGUGUUCCUUCACCCAAAGGACUGUAACGGGACGCUCGUGGAGCUCGAGGAGGUGUGAGACCUGCCCGACAUGUGGCACGUGUACAGGGAUACACGCACAGUGUGCUGUGCCGAGAUUAGUAGUGUGGUACCCACCAUGAGUAUAGCUGGUACAUACAUAAUUGUUUGUCUAGUUGUUACUUAUCAUAGCUAGCUCUUAUUAUGCGUUUUUAAAACUAUAAAAGUGUUAAUGAGUUAUUCCACAAAUUGUAUUUAUUUUUAUUAGGGAUGCAAACGAAUGGUAAACUUGAUAUUCUUAUAUUCAGUAUUUUAUUGAUCGAAUAUUCGAUUACCAUAAUGAACAUUUUAGAAGUUGUAGUAAACAAUAACUGUUCGCUAUGAUAUAGACAGGGCCUUUUUACUCGUCUUUGUCUUAGCAUUUACCGUCGGACCAUGUUUUUCCCAAAUAAGCCUCCGAAAUUCCCCAUUAUCAGAGAUUAAGAAAAAAACACCAUAAAGCAAUUUAUUUGUUUACAAACCACAAUCAAAAUCGAUUAUUUUUGAUUACACUGCGUUCUGUUUUGUUAACAAGACGAAGAUAUAUCAGCGAAGAUCGUAACUCCCCGGUUGACGUUAUGCGCUAACACAAUACUCGUCGAGUUGGGUGUCUGAUAUUCGAUAUUGUGAAUUACCUCGCAGUUACGCUCAGGGAUUGACCUUUACUUACUUUAGCUACAGAAAAACCAAACCAUUUCGGGAACUAGUACUAUAAGCAUUUUUAAGUUUUUAUACUCGCACUUGGCCCUUGUCCAUUCAGCGAGUGCUACACUUAGAUUAUCGUUUUGGAGCAUUGUCAAGUAUGUUAGCACUAGACCAGUCCACGCUUUAGCCAGUUAUUUUAAGAUUACAGAGACUAUACAUGACUCGAGGAUGUGCAUAUGACGUGAAUGCAGUGUAUUGUCAUUCCGUUCACGCCUCGGGUAUUUUGGGCCAAUCGUUGUAAAAACAAGACAUACUAACUUUAAACACAAGAAAGCGACUGCAGGCAAAAUCUUUAUUACUUUUGUAUUUAUUCAACAAAAAACACGAAUAUUCGAAUACCGAUUUUUACAUUCGAAUACCAAAAUUUCGAUAGAAUAUUCGUUUGCAUCCCUACUUUUUACCAACUGAAAAUUCACUACAUGUUUGUUAUUAUUAUGGCAACAUUAAUGCGAAUACGUAAAUUUUUCACUGUCAAGGCAUUUUCGUUAUUUGUAUUAUAUAUUUAUAUAUUCUUUAUUUAAACUACUUUCCCAAUAAAAUAUUGCCUUUUUA